AUGAUAGAUACGAGUACCUCUUUUUUGUCUUUAGAUUGGACUGGUUUAGAUGAAGAUGAAGAUGCGCAUGUCUGGGAAGACAAUUGGGAUGAUGACAAUGUAGAAGAUGAUUUCUCCAAUCAGUUAAGGGCUGAAUUAGAAAAACAUGGAUACAAGAUGGAAACCUCAUAGUUUUUGCUGAAUAUGGAGUGGUUUAACAUUGAACUGUGGAUAGACUAUAUUGAGAAAAGAAGAAAAGAUUGAAAAUGAGAUGACACACUUAGUUCAUUAUCUGCUUGGAUUUAUUGUUGUUUUAUAUAAAAAAUAAAGUUUUUAAUCUUAGCCUAGUCAUAUGUUCAGCCUCUACUCACCUGGUAGCUUGUAUUUCAGUUCGGAAAUGCCUUGUGUGACAGAAUUCACGGAUUUGCCUAGAAUGUUACUAAUGGUGUCGGUGGCUGAUGCUGUUGCACCAGCCUCUGUCAUGGGGAACCAAAUAAGCAUUACCAGAAUGAAGAGUGGUGAACAUUUGUAAUAGGGGGUGUGGAGAUGUAAAAAAGAAAUAAAAUAUCCAUGUAUUACAGGUAAAAUUCAGCAGAGGUAGAAAGGAGUUUUGGGGAGUGAUAAAGCUUAUUUUGCCUCAA